CCGCUCGAACGCGUUCUCUAUAGCGGUUCUCUUCCCCUCACGAGUCAACUAACGGGAGUGCUCCGUUAGCGCGUCGUCAACGCUAAUUGUAGAAUUCAUGCCGGUGCCUCUUCCUCGAAUACUCUAUGUUUACUCGCGGUGAUAGAAACCCGCGAUACGAGAGUGGCAUAUAAAAAGAGAGAUUUUUCCGUAUCUAUAAAAUUCAUCGAAAUCGGUUUUAAAUCUUGUCGUUGUUAGUUUUAUUUCCGAUACCUAUUUAUUGGCAUAGAGGAAUAACUGAUGUUUGCAAAGUUCGUUUUAUAUCCUGUUUAACUCGUUAUUAGUGUUACCAUCUGUCACCGUUCUCCGUGGCUGUUCUUAUGAACAUGGAAACUCGUCGCCGUAUUGACGCCGGUUUUUCUCCGGACAGAAACGCGCGAGGAUCAAGCCUAAUGUCCGUAUGGUCAACCAGCACCGGGCGCAAUACAGUGUUUGCCGCGCAGAGCGGCGGAGAGGUGCUUCCCACUUCGCGCCUGCCGAUCCACGUACACGUGGCGCACGCACACCUGCGCAACCCUGACGGCCACUGCUUUCACAAGCCGUUCCACGACCACCACUGUCAGUCGACGAUGUCGCAAGCAGGGGAUGGCCUUCACACGCCGGGUUACCUGUCUUGGAGAAAACUACAGCUAAGCCGCGCAAAACUCAAGGCGUCGAGUAAAACAUCGGCCCUGCUUUCCGGUUUCGCUAUGGUUGCCAUGGUGGAGGUACAGUUGACUAAGGACACAGAAGUUCCCAAGGGAAUGCUGAUCGCCUUCGCCGUGUGCACGACUCUCUUAGUAGCUGUUCAUAUGCUGGCGCUGAUGAUAUCCACGUGCAUAUUACCGAACAUCGAGGCCGUCUGCAAUCUGCACAGUAUAAGCCUCGUGCACGAGUCGCCGCACGAACGUUUACACUGGUAUAUCGAGAUUGCGUGGGCCUUUUCCACGUUGCUUGGACUCCUGCUGUUUCUACUGGAGAUCGCGAUACUCUGCUGGGUGAAGUUCUACGACUUUUCGGAUGUGGCCGCCUGGUCAGCCUGCGUACUGCUGAUACCGGUACUGAUAAUCUUCGUCGCGUUCGCGAUACACUUUUAUCGGAGCUUGGUCGCGCAUAAGUACGAAGUCACAGUAUCCGGAAUACGAGAGCUCGAGUUACUCAAGGAGCAGAUCGAGUCCACGGAUGUGGAGGGCAACAACGGUGUCAAUCUCCUACGGGCCGACGCAACGCAUAUCGUUUGAACCGGUCUCCUAGAUCUUUCCUGUUGCCGGAUUAUUUUAGAUUGAACGCGCAAAAAGAUGCCUCGUGAAAUACGAGACGAGAGGGGGCAGAGAUCUGUUACAGUAUGCGGAUGCUGCGAUGAGUACCGCGGUGUUUCUUGAAAGAUCCCCCACUGGGAAACUGAAUCUUUCAAGUGUAAGUUAUUCACGAAGAACAUGACAAAUGACCGCUCUCUUUGUGCUCAUGUACGCGUGUGCACACGCUGCAGAUGUUACCAAAGUUCGGUCAGAUAAGAUCUUCCACUUUUCUUUGUUUUUAUACGCGUGUCUUCUGUGAUGUAAAUUAAUGUAAGUACAAUGAAACUACUCGUUGGCGAUGCGAAAGCAUUGCAGUGUUAGUGUUUUAGGAAGGAG